CUGCAUUUCAGAUCUGAUGGAGACGACCAAGCCGGCGCCGUCGCUGCUCAAGCGCCUCACCAAGCGCGUGCUCGUACAGCCCACCGUGCGCUUCGGCCUCGGCGCGGCCUUUGGCCUCUCGACGGCCGUCGCCGUCUGCUUCUUCCCAUUCCCAAAGGGCAAACUCAUGAGCGCCGCGUUCGCGCCCUUCAUGCUCGUGUUUGCCUACCUCCUCGAAAAAUACUCUGCCACGUCCGUGUGUCUGCCCGCGACGUGCCUGCGCAUCUGGCACGGCAAGACGAGCUUCCUCGCCGCGGCGACGGUCUACCUUGGCAUGUACGCUGGCGCGGCGUACAUCACGCGCCAGCUCCAAGGCGCGAUCGCGUCGUCGCCGACCAAGGACCAAGACCACAUGGCGCUCUUUAGCGAAAAGCUCUUUUUCGAGAUGCAAGACACGAUCGAAUCGCGCCUCAAGCAGACGGCCAUCAUCACAGCGUUUUUCUAUGCACUUGACCAUGUGCUCGUCCAGGCGGCGCUGCAUGUCUUUAGCUUUGUCUGGCUCGUCUUGCUGCCCGAGAUGAACCCGGCGAUUGCGAUGGCGUUUCUCGGCCACAGCGACAAGCUCCGCGGCGACGACCUCGCGCGCUUCUGGGUCAACUCGGUCUUCCUUGUGCUCGUGUGCAUCCUCGGCCUCCAAGUCGCGAAAUGGGGUCUCGCCGCCACCAAGGCAGGAAUGACCAAGUGGAAAGAGCACUCGAAGAAGGCGACACUGCGCAAGCCAAAGCGAGCGUAA